UGACGUGACGCUUUCUUUCUUACAGAAAAGCUACGAAAAAGACAAAAAAGACAUACAAGAGAAGAUGCGAGAGAAGGAUGCCAAAGCUGUGGAGAUGAAAAAGGAAAUUGCCUCUUUGAAGGAUGCUGUUGCAAAGAAAGAUGAGGAUUUAGAAACAUUAAAGGUGAAGCGCCAGGAGGAGCUGCAGAAGGAAGAGGACGACCGAAUGGACAUCGAGAACAAGGCAACUGACGAGAGGAGAAACUUCAACAUAGAGCAGUGCAAGCUAAAGGACAGAAUUAAAAAAAAGGAUCUUGAGCUGAGACACUGCCAGGCCGCCCGCGACAGGCUGGCUUCGGAUGUGCAGGAGAGAGAGAGUGACGUCGCGGAUUUGAGAGAGCAGCUAGGUGCAGCACAGCAAGAAGUAAGAUUCUUAAAGUGCAGACUAAGGGACAAAGAAGAUCUAAUAGAAAUGUUAAAGGACCGCGAUCUAUAUCAUAUGGCGCUGACGGGUACUGAUCAGCCAACAGCCUCGCUUUUGCCUCGCACUGACGCAGGGAAGGGCCUAUCCUUACAAGCUACAAGGGAUAAAAGGCCUUUGAAAGCAGCAAGCAGGAGUAGACCCCUGGAAGCAGAAAGGGGAAAUAGGUUCAAAACUUCUCAAGAAAAACAGGUUAAAGAAAAGGAGUCUCUCCAAGCAAAUGCAAGGAGGGAAGAGGCUUCAACAGAAGUUGGAAGGAGAAGCAGACACUUGCGAAAGGAAGCUAAAAGUGAGAGAAGAGUUGAGUCACGGCCGAGAGAAGCCACAAGGCAGAACAGAGCUUCUCGAACAGUAGAAAGGAACAAGACACGAAAACAGAAGAGCGAAGACGAGUCUGAGCAGGAGAGCGAGGACGAGUCUGAGCAGGAGAGCGGAGACGAGUCUGAGCAGGAGAGCGAGGACGAGUCUGAGCAGGAGAGCGAGGACGAGUCUGGAGUCUCUUUCAGGGAGAGCGAGGACGAGUCAGCAGGAGAGCGAGGACGAGUCUCAGCAGGAGAGCGAGUCGCAGGAGAGCGAGUGGGUGUUCUGUAA